GGGUCGCCCUUUCCUCCCUCUAAUGAAAUUCAGUUUGCUGCUGUUGUUAAUCUUUUAUUAUUUCAAGCCGCGGUGCACGAGGUCCCGUUCCCAACCGGGGCCUGCUGGAGGCGGGAUGGGGACGCGGCGUGUGCCACGCGCCUCUGCCCCGCGCCUUGUCUCCUCGCUGUUUCAUGCCAAACGUGUUUAAACUGCUUGUGCCCGCUUUCCAGCCGCGCCAAAUGUGGCAUUGGUGCCAGUUGUUUGCCACUGAAGUCUUACAGCUGAAGCGAACUGGCUCUUUUAAUUUAAAAAAAAAAAAAAGUAUAAUUUAGGCUUUUUGAAGCAUUAUGUUUAUGUAUAAUCAGUGAUUCCCGAUUGGCAUUUUAAAAAUCCUGUGAUCUUACAGUUUGCUUUUCUGAAUUAUUUAGUGUGAAAGUUCACCUCUUCGUGUAGAUGUAUAUAUAAACUGUAUGUACAUAUACGCAUACUCUCUUCUUCAUUUUAACCCAUACACUUCCUCUGAAGAUGCAGACAGUCCAACUCUGGUGGACUUCGGUCACUGCUAUGCUCUCACUAUGCAUUUUUGUAACAGUGUUAACCAGUUUUUCUCACAGCACAUGCAGUCAUAAUCAUUGUUCUUCUUACAGAUUCCUUACCAAAAAAUCCUUUUACUCCAUUUUCUUUCUGUUUUUCUACUUGUAACGUAUGUAGAAACUAAUACCAGGCACCCUGCAAUUUUUUAAUUGAGAAGUAGGCAUGAAAUACAAGUCUGUCUCCAGGUGAGUUGUCAGCUUAAAAAUAGAUGUGUCAGAAGUACAGCAGUGCUGUCUGAGUAGAAAUGGUGGUCUUGAUAAGGUAGGUAGAAUAAUUUUGCUCUGUGCUGCUGUCUUUCUAAAGAAUUUCUCUUAUCCCUGUCUUCUGAUAUUCCUUCCAUUUCUUCCCUCUGUUGUGGUUUUUUUUUUUUUUUUUUUUUUUUUAAUAAUAGCAAAGAUUUGUAUCCAACUGCAAUGUUUAAAAGCAAACAAACAAAAAAACCCGGGGGAAUUGUAAGAACUGCUGUAAGAACCUUCCAGCCCUUAUUCUGUCUUCAGGAGUGGCCAGGAGUAGAUGGCUAGGGAAGGCUAGCAGAAAAGAGCAACCAUAUAUUACUGCAUCCUCCAGAAAUAGAUUCGAACACAAACCAGUUUGUUACUCCCUAUUUUCUUGAGCCAAAGGCCAUGUCUUUGUGUUUAAAAUCCCAUAGUGGAUUUCUCUUCCGUAAAAUUCUCACUUUGGCACUCGCAGGCUGGUAGCAUCUGCAGCAGCCUGUGGCAGGGAGGUCUGCAGCGUUAACAGUAGGUCGUGCAGAGAACAUUCUGCUCUGAAUUUCCAGCUGAUACCUCCAUUUGUUGCAACCCAGUUUUUGUGUUGGAAUAGGCAAUGAGUGGUUGACUUCUGUGCUCUCUCUGCAUCUCAUGAUUUUAUAGACAUCUGUCAUAUCCAGGCUGAAAAGUCAUAGCCUGCCCUGUUACUUCUUAAUAGCUAAGAAGUGAUGCCAUAGUUUUGUUAUUUCUUGUCACCUUUUUUCAAAACUUUCCUAGUUCUACCGUGUCCCUUUGAAGCUUGGGGGAUCAGGGGCAAUACCGUUCAAUAUGCAGGCUGAGCAGAACUUUCUGCAUCCUUUCCUAAUGUCAGCUUGUGGGGGGAGGCACCCAUUGCUUCUGAGGAUUUGUACCUCUUCCUUUCAUCACAACUAUUAUUUUAAAAUUCCAAGGUGGUAGUCCUGACUGGUGAUGUUCAGCUCAAAAGUCCAUCCAUUCAUAUCUAAAAUCAAAAUUUUUUUUUUUUCCCCCAAGUCCACCACUUGACUAUUUUUUGUCAUUUUAUUGCUCAGUCACUCAGCCUCUUAAUUCCUUUUGAAAUUCUUCAGUAGGCCCAUAGGUGUGGUACCCCAGGUAAGUCAUUCAUGUGCAAAUGCUGAUGGCACCAGCACUUAACCAUCAUCAUGGCCCCUGAUGAUAGCAAAUUCCUUCCUUACUCCCCUCCUUUUUUCUGAUUGUUCAACUAGUCCUAAACAGUUCUAAAUUUCCUUUUCAAACUUUCUUAGCAGCUAGUAUAUUGUUAUGUGUAUUUGGACGUCCUCCUUGCCUGCUUUGUCUUGCUAGCACUGCAUUUUGCCAGAAGAUAAUACGUAAAUAUUACUUUGUUAACUUAAAACAUCUGAUGAUACAGAUGGGCGAAUAGUCUCGUCGGUCCGGGAUGGCAUUAUUUCACAGUGGUUUCCAAGGAUAAGCGAUAAUUAAGCUCUUAUUCUCCAACAUACUGUUUAUAAUUUUUUUUUUUCUCCUUCACACUUGUAGUCAUUUUUGUCUGUUAGAAGCACCAAAUUAUUGGAAACAAAUGAACAUAUUUGCAUAAUUCGGUCAUAUCAACAACACUUACAUUUUUUCGUUUGUUUGUUUGAUUUUGUUAAGAUGGUGUGGUUGUCUCCGGAAAAGUAAAAAGCAACAAUUUGGAUGUGGAAGUUACCGGGUCAGAAUUGGAAACUGAAGAAAAAGGAAUGGAGGAAGAAUCCACAAGGGAAUCCGAUAGCAACAUUUUGGAUGUAUCAUCUGAAUAUCCAAGAGAGAAACAUAUUUCAAUUCAAAGACAUCUUGCUGAUCUAGAGAAACUAGCUGACCUGAAAGAAGAUGAAAAGAAGCCUUGUCCGUUGUGUCCUGAGGAGAAAUUCAAGGCUUGCUAUAGUCAUAAACUCCAUCGUCACCUUCAGAAUUUGCACUGGAAAGUUUCUGUUGAAUUUGAAGGGUACAGAAUGUGCAUCUGCCACUUACCUUGUCAUCCAGUAAAACCAAACCUCACUGGAGACCAGACAUUUUCAAAGAUGGGAGCCCAUUACCAUUGUAUCAUCUGUUCAGCAACUAUUAUGCGAAGAACUGACAUGAUCGGUCAUAUUAAUCGUCAUGUGAAUAAAGGAGAAACUGAAUCAAGGUUUGUUACAGUUCCUGCUCCCAAGUCUUCUUAUGAAGUGCUGAAAGAGUCAGCCACAGAUGUGCAGGUUCUUCCCAACCACUCCACACCCCAUAAAACAGAUUCCUAUUUUAAUCCUAAAAUGAAACUCAACAGGCAAUUGAUAUUCUGCGCACUAGCUGUUCUAGCUGAGGAACGUAAACCGAUAGAAUGUUUGGAUGCUUUUGGUGCCACUGGUAUAAUGGGAUUACAAUGGGCAAAGCAUCUCAGAAGUUCUGUGAAAGUUACGAUUAAUGAUUGUAAUGAAAAUUCUGUGACAAUGAUUCAGGAAAACUGCCAUUUAAACAAAAUGAAGGUGAAACUGAACACUAAGGAAGAAGACAAUGAUGAAGCUAUGGGAGAUGGAGAACAAAAUACUGACACCAUUGAGGUGACAAAAAUGGAUGCCAAUGUUAUAAUGCAUUUGAGAUCAUUUGAUUUUAUCCAUUUGGACCCCUUUGGAACUUCUGUGAAUUAUCUGGAUUCUGCCUUUAGAAAUGUGAGAAAUCUUGGAAUUGUGUCACUGACGUCCACAGACAUCAGUUCUCUGUAUGCAAAGGCUCAACACGUUGCCCUGCGUCAUUAUGGAUGUAACAUUGUCAGAACAGAGUACUACAAGGAGCUGGGAGCCAGAAUAGUAAUUGCUGCUGUGACAAGAGCUGCAGCUCGCUGUAACAAAGGCAUUGAAGUUUUACUCGCAGUAGCUCUGGAACAUUUUGUUCUAGUAGUGGUCAGAGUUUUAAGGGGACCAUCUCCUGCAGAUGAUGCAGCAAAGAAAGUAAGAUACCUCAUCCAUUGCCAGUGGUGUGAAGAGAGAAUUUUCCAGAAAGAGAGUAAUAUGGUAGAAGAAAACCCUUAUCAGCAGCUGCCUUGUGAUUGUCACGGCAGCAUGCCUGGGAAGACAGCAGUAGUUCUUGGUCCUCUCUGGUCAGGAGCCCUCUUUAACACUGGAUUCCUCAGAAGAAUGCUGUUUGAGGCUGUCCAGUAUGGUUUGGAUGAAGUUCAGCCACUUUUGAAGACAUUAGUUUGCGAAGCUGAGUGCACAACUUCAAAACAUUUUUCUACCCAUAGUCCCUAUGAUGAGAACAAACAAGAAGAGUGUGGCGUAUAUAUUAAAACACCAAAUACUUCUGCAGAAUCCUACUUGGUACAUGGAAAAAGAAAAAGUGAAGAAGUGAUUCGAAAUGCAGCCAAGCGACAAAAAUCUGAGAACAGUGCUGAGCACCCUGCAUUUUACUACAAUAUCCACAGACACAGUAUUAAAGGAAUGAACAUGCCAAAGUUAAAUAAGUUCUUAAACUAUCUCUCUGAAGCUGGAUACAGAGUAAGCAGAACCCACUUUGAUCCCAUGGGAGUUCGCACGAACGCGCCCUUGGCGCAGUUUAAGACUAUUCUUAUGAAGUACAGCACUCCCACUUACACGGGGGGGCAGGCGGAAGGCCCUGUCCAUCUGGCUGAAGAUCUCCAGGCAGGAGAGCAGCUUCAAGCUCCUGCAGACGGCAAGGCAGAAGAUGCAGAGUUUCUGGAAGACAAAUCUGGAGUUGCUGCCACCAUGUUCACAGAAGCCUACCCUACUCACUGUGCAGCUGACUAAUGCAAAUCCUUUUGUUCAUAGAUCAGGAUAUUACAGACUUGCAAGCACACCCUGUUCAAGUAAGCCAGCACUUCCUACCAAACUGGAUUUUGAAAAUUUGAGUUGCCUGCUAUUUUAAUUUGAAGAGAUGGUUUAGAAUUAUUUAGCAGAACUCACCCCUGAUCGCAGCAUGUGUGGUCAAGAUACUGUUACUGGGAGAAGGUCUCUGAGACAGUUACUUGAUUUAAUGCUCACAUCCACUUUCACACUGAGGCAUUGUGACUGCUCCCGCAUCUUUGUUAAAGCCUUAUUGCUAGCACAGAAUCCAGAAGGGUGGAUGGGGCCAAAAGUCUUACGCAUUUCUGAACGUGAGGUUAAUAUGAAACAGAAUAUUCCUAAAACAAAUCAUUCCUAAAGCCUGACUGACUGCAAUUCAGAGGGAUGUCAUGUUAAGAUGGUAACACAGGAUAAAAUGUGAUCUGAGUUUAAGCAAGCCAGGAGGUCCUGAUGGUGCACUUCCAACUCCAGAUUCCACAUGUAAUUUGGCAGUCAAUUCUGGUUUCAUAGUUCUGCCUGCAAGCAAGGACCCUAACACAAGUGAGAAUGGAAAGGAAUGGUUCCAGACUGUUACUGAAACUUCAGUUUAUAACCAAACUUUAGUGAGUUGUGUUAGUCACCCUAGGUAGUUACUUGUUCAGAUUACAUUUGGUUGCGUACUGCAAAAAGGUACAGUGACAAGGCACCACAAGUUGAAGUUCUAGGUAAAGUUUUGCUAUGACUUUGUCAAUGACACAAUCUUAGCUGUUAAACAGAUCUCUUCUGAACGAGCAAAGAUGCUGUUUGUUGGUAGUCGGUUCUGGUUUUCCUUAAAUACAUGGCAGCAUUUCAGCCAAAUAAGCUUGACUUUGUCCUUUCUUUCCCCCAAACUUUGUUCAGAUACCUCCCUGUAUUUCACUUGAAUCGGGAACAACUAUCACAAUUGAAGUAAUUGUUCUAGUUUUUCACAGGUUUGGUGUUUAGCCUGACCCCCAGUGUUAGCUUUACCUAAGAGCCGAAUAUGAGGGGCUAUUCUUACUUGUCCAUCUCAAACGUCACGGCAAGGGUAUCGCUUCUCUCAUUGGAGUGCCAACCAAGAGUAACGUGACUGAUGCGCUCCUGAUUAUGCAAAGCCUCCUAAGCUCCUGUCAGGCCAGAAUUAAGUUACUGCCUCUUAUACCAUCUUAAAUUCAGGACUGCUUUGGUAAUGAGUUAUUUUCAUUCUGUCCUAAUUUAAAAAAAAAAAAAAAGAAAGACACUACUAAAGGCAUAAUAGAUAGUUUGUUGCUGUGUAACUGCUGAUGUGCUAAGUUUCCUUCAGAAAUUUAGUGCUUGCUCUUCCUUUUCCAAGGGUAAGUUGGGAUCAAAUUGGAAAGAUAAAUGCAGGGAGAAAGAAAAGUUUGUGAUCCCUGGUUGUUUUGAAUUAAGGGGUUUUUUGGUUUGUUUUUUUUUUUUUUUUUUUAAGUGGAGAAACUGUAGGAAGGCUUUGCUUGCAGAUAACACUGUUCAGUGUUAACGUAAGUAAGUGGGAUAGAAUCAGUCAUAAAGUCAGUUAACUGGAGCAAAAGACAGUGUUCCAGUUAAAACUUUCUUUUUAGCCUACUUUAUUGUAACUAACUGAAGCCUGUUGUGGGAAAUAUUUUUGAUUACUUUUAUAGCUCCUCCUAAGGAACAGGAGGUAUCGUGCAUAUUUUACAAGUCAAGGCAACUAUUCCUUG